UUCUUUUGAGCCGAAUAUCAACGGUCCGCCAAUUUCUUCUUCCUCACUGCGGAGCCAGGGCCAGAUUCUGCCCGCCCGUUCUCGAGCUGUAGAGACCGCUGCGCUUGCUUUCUUAUUGUUCUUAUUGUACCGGAAAUGGUGGGGCAGCAGGGCGUCAGGUAUACAAUCAGCCUUAUUGCCACCCACUUCGGCGACGUUGUCGCUGUUUGCGAAUGCCUCAUUCGCCGUGGCUCCCUCAGUUUCAUGGAGGUUGUUCGCUUCACCGAGCUCCACAAAGGACAGGUGAAGGACUGUCUUCUUGUUCUUAUCCAGCACAACUGUGUCCAGGCCUUUUCGAUCCCCAAAACAGUUGGGAUGGGCGGCGCCACUAAGCCCGUCACACUUUACAUGGCCAUCUUUGACAACAUCAUCCACCGAAUGCGAUUCUCCAAGUUCUUGCAAAUAGUUAAGGAGCACCUCGGUAACCAGUGUGCAGAACUUCUAGAGGGGUUUCUUCAGCAUGGCAGGCUGACUUUUGAGUUGCUUUACGACCGAGCAUCAGGCCUAAGUGGAGGCAAAGCAAAAAGAGAUGACGUGCUUGCUACAUUCAAUAAGCUUGUACAUGCACAUUACCUGGAGCGUUGCCCCAAGGGUGAUCCCUUCCUUGAGACGGAUGCCAAUGAUGAGGUUUCAUUUGUAAGAAAGCGCACUAGGGUUACCGGGUUGCACGACCUGACCCACGAACAUCUACGGAACGCUGGAGCUAAGCACGACGGAGGCCCGGUCCGGCCAGAGGCUGCAGAUGCAGGAAACCUGGACGGCUGGACGCAGGAAUCCUGA